AUGGAGCUAGAGUCGCAGCUACGCACGUCGCUCGUGUCCCAGAACCUCCCCACCCCAUCCGCCGAAUUCCUCAACAGCAUCACAGCCACCAGAAGCCCUCCACCGCCGCUAACCUCGCUCGUGGCCACCGCCAAAAGCCGCAUCCUCGCCUGCGACCUCUCCUCCAGCAUCCCAGCCCUCAUCGACGCGUCUGUGCCCUGUCUCCCCGCCACAGCAGGCGACGCGCGCGUCGACGAAGCCAGGCUCGCCAAGCCCGUCCAUGUGCAGAUUCUGGACGUGGAGAAUCUCGCACAGAGCAAGUGGGAGCAGAUUGAGGAGCUGGAGGCCAUUGAGCGCGGCGAGAUGACGCGCGGGAGACAUGUGAUUCGGGUGACGGCCGACGAGGACGACGCCAACAACACGUCGAUGCAGCAGCAAGCUCCCGCUGCGUGGAAUGCGACGCAUAGGCUCGUGGUGCAGGAUUCGGAUAGCAGUGGGCAAGACGUGUAUUGGAGAGAAGUUGCUGUUGAGGGCGGGUAUGGUGAUUGCUCGGGGGAGUCUACUGUUGGAGCCGGAUAA